GUGGGUGAGUAAGCACAUCAAGAAGCCGAUCCGUUCCACCGUCCUCAGUCUGGACUGGCAUCCUAACAACGUGCUGCUGGCGGCUGGAUCCUGUGACUUCAAAUGCAGGGUUUUCUCGGCCUACAUCAAGGAGGUGGAGGAGAAGCCCGGCCCCACCCCUUGGGGGUCCAAGAUGCCGUUCGGGGCGGUGCUGGCUGAGUUUGGGGGUGCGGGGGGAGGAUGGGUCCACUCUGUGUCCUUCUCCUCGUCUGGUAACAGACUGGCCUGGGUCUCACACGACUCCACUGUUACUGUGGUGGAUGGUACCAAGGGAUCCACUCCGUCUCAGUUGAAGACAGAGUUCCUCCCUCUGCUCAGUGUUCUCUUCAUCUCUGAGAACAGCGUGGUGGCAGCGGGUCAUGACUGUUGUCCCAUGCUGUUCCGUUGUGAUGACGGAGGGUCCCUGAGGUUUGUCUCCAAGCUGGACCUUCCCAAAGCCUCCAUCACUAGAAACAUCUCCGCUAUGGAGCGUUUCAGAAACAUGGACAAGAGAGCGACCACAGAGGACCGUAACACAGCCCUGGAGACACUGCACCAGAACUCCAUCACUCAGGUCUCUAUCUAUGAGGGAGACCAGUCUGACUGUCGUAAGUUCUGCACCACGGGCAUCGAUGGAGCCAUGACCAUCUGGGACUUCAAGAGUCUGGAGGCGUCCAUCCAGGGGCUGAGGAUCAUGUGAAGGACCAGCUAAACAACCCCCCCCCAUCCCGUUUCCCUGACAACCCCCCCCAUCCCGUUUCCCUGACAACCCCCCUCCAAGCGGCCAGUAACAGUCUGACCACGCUAAGAAGUAUCUGAUUAAAAAAGCACUGACGACACACACACACACACACACACCGACACACACACACACACAAUGACACACACACACACCGACACACACACACCCUCUCUGAGCUGACAUUACCGCUGAUUGUUUGUUUAUGUAAACGAAGGGUCAUAGGUCAACUUGACGACCCUGGGAUGUUUAUGUAAACGAAGGGUCAUAGGUCAACUUGACGACCCCGGGAUGUACCACAUUCCACAUCAGUGUGUUUUUUUCAUUUAAAUGUAAUAAUAAUAAUAAUAGGUGUUUUGUCUCUGAAACGACUUCGGCACUACAACACUAAGUUACCAUUGAAGGAUGUGCUGUGUAGGCAAUGUGACCAGAUGGCACACUAUUCCCUAUAUAGUGCACUACUUUAUACCAGAGUCCUAUAGCGGCUAUCCUCUGUGAUGUGUCCCUAUGGGCCCAUGGUCAGAAAUAGUUCACUGUCAUGGGUCUAGGGUGCUAUUUGGGAUUGGUCCUAUGUCAUUAGAUGGAGGAUGUACCUAUGAUGUGUCCCUAUGGGCCCAUGGUUCACUGUCAAGGGUCUAGGGUGCUAUUUGGGAUGGGUCCUAUGUCAUUAGAUGGAGGAUGUACCUAUGAUGUGUCCCUAUGGGCCCAUGGUUCACUGUCAUGGGUCUAGGGUGCUAUUUGGGAUUGGUCCUAUGUCAUUAGAUGGAGGAUGUACCUAUGAUGUGUCUAAUUCAGCUGCAGGAGAAAUAAAGAAUCAAUUGACACUA